AUGGAGGAGGAAAUCAUGCGGGCCUUGAAUGAUGUUGUAUCGCGUCGCAAAGUGCGCUACAACGGAGCAAGCUAUUUAUGUUUCACUCCUUUCAUAUUGCGCGUGGGCAAUCUCGGUGCGCGCAUCCAGACCCUGAACCUGGGAUCCUAUAAUUACCUGGGUUUUGCUCAGUUCAAGGGGACAUGCGCGGAUCAGGUCGAAGCGACGAUUCGCCCGUAUGGCGUCAGCGCAGGCGGCGCCCGGGCUGAUAUCGGGGGUCUGGAUCUCCACAUCGAGGUCGAGCAGCUGGUGGCCGGGUUCGUGCGCAAGGAAGCGUCCAUCGCCCUGGAGGAGAGGUUGCGGGAGGCUAUCUCACAGGGACAGCCCGCCACCACGACCGAUCCCGGCAGCAGUGGUGGCUAUCGUCCCUGGAGGAAGAUUCUGGUCGUGGUCGACCUAAAGGGAACCUUCUGCAACCUUCCAGACAUCACGGCGUUGAAGCGGGGGUACACAUUCCACCUGGAGGUAGACAUCCUAAUGGGAAAUUUGACAAAAUCAUUUGGCGCCAUCGGAGGAUAUAUCGCAGCGGAUGGAGAGACCGUGCGCAAGCUCCGCGCUGUGAAUGCGGGCGUGCUGUACAGUGAAGCCAUAGCCCCAGCUCUGUUGGCGCAGAUCUCCGCUUCGUUUCGGAUUCUGACUGGUGAGCUACUGCCGGGUCAGAAGGAAGAACGAUUGCAGCGCCUGGCCUUCAAUUCUCGUUACCUGCGCCUCGGUCUCAAGCGACUUGGGCUCAUCGUCUAUGGGAACGACGACUCCCCAGUCAUUCCGUUGAUACUGUAUAAUCCAGGCAAGAUGCCCGCGUUCUCACAGAUGAUGCUCGCCCGCGGGAUCUCGGUGGUGGUGGUUCCGUUCCCCGCCGUUCCGCUCGAGCUGUGUCGAGUGCGAUUUUGUGUUUCUGCGGCGCAUAAUCUGGAGGACCUCAACCGUGUCUUGGCAGCGUGCGAUGAGAUUGGAGACAUUCUAAGGUUGAAGUUUUCCAGUGGCGUUGGGGGUGGGCUGCGCAGUAUAACUAAGCCGUUGUCGGAUGGAAACCCUGUCCCACCGAGGUGGAAACUGGACGACGUAGUACGCUGCGGAGCACAAGACGUACAGCAGCCCCUGUAUUGA